AGUGAAACCUGUCAAUCAUGGAUAUCGCUUUAGAUACAACAGGUUGAAGCCAUGUCGAAAAGAGGUUCCAUUCAUUCCUAUUUGCAUCCGUCGAUUGAGCAUUUGCCCCUGCAGAAUAGUCCUGUCUGCUAUGUUGCAAAGCCAAUUGAAAGCAGGUUCUGGACGCACAUGAGCACAGCAGUAUGGGGUGCUAGCAGAAGCACCAGAGGUCUCGGAGCAAGAGUACUCGCCGUCGCCGCACUCUUCAUUGCAAAGGUUAAGGGUGGCGUAGCAGUUAAGGGCAGCAGCCUAGCUGAUAAGGCCGAGGGCCAGAAGAAUGGUGGAGAACUGAAACUGCAUCUUCAGGGCUGGAAUUCAAUGAUUAAACCGGGAUUGACUUGUUUAGGAUGUUGUAUUUGUGGUGACCACGCUAUGCUCAGAGGCAAGCGAGCUCCAGUCCACAUAGAUGAAGACGAAAGACACCUUCUGAUUACGAAGCGCCCCGCGCUUGAAUACAAGCCUCUGAAGGGUCGUUUACUGAGAAUGGACCGGAUGAGACCUUUGCAUUAUGCCUGCAAGGAUGGUCAUAAAGAAGUGGCCAAGAUCCUAAAAGCUGAUCUUGACGCAGAAUCCGCGACUGGACAUAUGCCACUAUGUCAUUUCAGCAUCAAUAAUGAACUGGAGACAGCCAAGAAGCUGAGUGCCGAAGCUUGCUUGGGCCAUCUCUGUGGCACUGAUGCUGAUCGAGAACAAUGUCGAUGCAUGGACAAGCAUUGUGCCAACGCCUUCCUGAGCGAUGUUAGUGUUGACAUUCUCUAA